AUGGAGAAGAUUCUCGUUACCCUCUCUACCGGAGCUGCCUCCAUCGCCGUUUUGGCAGUUCUUUUCACCAUCCCAUCCCUCUACAACACCAUCAAUGAGGUGCACGAUGAGGUUCUCGAUGGAGUCUCUGUCUUCCGUGUGGAGACCGACUCUGCCUGGACCGAGAUGAUGGACAUCCAAAUCACCGUUACCCCACCAACGAAGCCACGUGUCAACCCAUUCAACUCUAUCUUCCGUCAAAAGCGUCAAACCUUCUCUGGACUCCCAGCCUGGUGCCAAUGCGAGCCAACUAAGCCAACCUGCCCACCAGGACCACCAGGACCACCAGGACAGCCAGGACAGCCAGGAACCCCAGGAGCCCCAGGACCAAAGGGAGAGGACAACACCUCCACCUACGCUCCAAUCACCUGCGCUCCAGUCUCCCAAGACUGCGUCAAGUGCCCACAAGGACCAGCCGGACCAGAAGGACCAGCCGGACCAGCUGGACCAGCCGGACCAGACGGACAACCAGGAGCACCAGGAAACGCUGGAAACCCAGGAUCCGACGGACAGCCAGGAGCCCCAGGAGACGAUGGACAACCAGGAGCCCCAGGACAAGACGGACAGCCAGGAGCCCCAGGACAAGACGGACAACGCGGAUCCGGAGCCCCAGGAGCCCCAGGAGCCCCAGGAAACGCUGGACCAGCUGGACCAGCCGGACAAGACGGAGCUCCAGGACAAGACGGACAACCAGGACCAGCCGGACCAGCUGGACAAGAUGGAGCCCCAGGAAACGCUGGAUCCGAUGGACAGCCAGGAGCUCCAGGAGGACCAGGACUCCCAGGAAACGAUGCCGCUUAUUGCGCUUGCCCUCAUGGAGAAGAUUCUUGUGACCAUCUUUACCGGAGCUGCCUCCCUCGCUGUUUUGGCGAGGUGCUCGAUGGAGUCUCCGUUUUCCGUGUGGAGACCGACUCUGCCUGGACCGAGAUGAUGGAUAUCCAAGUUACCGUUACUCCACCAACCAAGCCACGUGUCAAUCCAUUCAACUCCGUUUUCCGUCAAAAGCGUCAAACCUUCUCUGGACUUCCAGCCUGGUGCCAAUGCGAGCCAACUAAGCCAACCUGCCCACCAGGACCACCAGGACCACCAGGACAGCCAGGACAGCCAGGAACCCCAGGAGCCCCAGGACCAAAGGGAGAAGACAACACCGCCACCUACGCUCCAAUCACCUGUGCCCCAGUCUCCCAAGACUGCGUCAAGUGCCCACAAGGACCAGCUGGACCAACCGGACCAGCAGGACUAGCCGGACCAGCCGGACCAGACGGACAACCAGGAUUCCCAGGACAACGCGGAAACGAUGGAUUCCCAGGAGCCCCAGGAGCCCCAGGAGACAACGGACAGCCAGGAGCCCCAGGACAAGAUGGAUUCCCAGGACAACCAGGAGCCGAUGGACAACGCGGAUCCGGAGCUCCAGGAGCCCCAGGAGCCCCAGGAAACGCAGGACCAGCUGGACCAGCCGGACAAGACGGAUUCCCAGGACAAGACGGACAACCAGGACCAGCCGGACCAGCCGGACAAGAUGGAUUCCCAGGAAACGCUGGAUCCGAUGGACAGCCAGGAGCUCCAGGAGGACCAGGACUUCCAGGAAACGAUGCCGCUUAUUGCGCUUGCCCACCAAGAUCCGCUGUCUUCCUUUCCCGUCAUUAA